AGCGUUCGUGCUUCACGUCCAUCGCUAUGGUCUGCGACGACGGACUGCACGCUUCAUCGCCCACUAUUCCGCACAAAUCUCUUCGCCGACUCGCAUCUACACGUGGCUUCAAAACAAACGAUCACACAUGGAUACGCGUUUUUGAAGGAUUCAAUCAAUUCGCAGUCGACGCUCCAAGUAAACUAGUAAAAGUUUCCAAUAACACGACCGUCGAAGAUAUCAACAAGCUGCUCGGGUUCAAUGAAGAGUUAACGCUUUGGUUGCAAAUCGGAGGGGAACAAUCUAGAAGGUUAGAACUGAGCGAACGUCCUUUAUGUGUACAGAAGCAGUUUCUAGAAAAGUUAGGAUGGCGUUCGCAGGCCCGUCAGCUGAGAUUUGCUGUUGAUCCGGAAUUACGACACAUAUUACGAUGGUGUGCCGGUCCAGCUGCAAGAUCUGGCGGUGUUAUCAAAUCUGGAACGCUAUACGUGUUAAAAGGACAUGUUUUUCCGCAGUGGAAACCGCGACCGGCUCACAUUGUUGGAUCGCAGUUGCAUUUUUGUGGAACGGCAAUGGAAAUGAUAGAGUUAAGUGGAGGUUAUAUAGAGUUAUGCCAACCAAAAGCCCAGCGAUUGGUAUUAUGCCUAAAGCCCCGUUGCCAUAGCAAUAGCUCAAUAGAGGGUGGUUCGACUCAUUUGUUUCUGGGAUUCAGCACAAUUUGGGAGCGAAAUAUGUGGUUUUGCUGGCUUAAAGAGGCAAUCCAAAGUACGCAACCACCAAAUGUGCUGGACCUGAGUGGUGGUGGGAAGACUUGUCUCAAGAAUGCUCUGGCGCAACAUGGAUCAGACGGGUUUGCUCUACGUGUACUGUCCAUGAGAGGGAACUCACUAAACUAUCUGCCAUCACAGACGUGCUCAUUAGUUGCCUUGACGCAUCUGGAUAUAAGUGACAACAAGAUCAGCGAACUACCUGAAGAAAUGUGCCGGCUACUACAACUCGAAGAACUUCAAGUGAGUGAUAAUGAAUUAAAAUCUCUGGAUUGUGUUCUGCAGCUUCCACGUCUCCGAACUAUUGUAGCAGCACGAAAUAUGAUCACAAAUUUUGGAGUGAACAGUUCGCGGUCGACAUGUGCAAGCGAUUCAAACAGAUGUGAGCACCGCGCUCCACUCACAAAUGUCGAUCUCCGCCACAAUAGACUUAAAGGAAGCAUUGUACUUGGUAAUUACGAACACUUGGCGACACUGGACGUGUCUCAUAAUACAGUGGAGGUGUUAGUAUUAUCAGCUCUGCGUGGACUACGAGAAUUAUACGCGGCCAACAAUUCCAUACAGCAUAUGUCUCUGCAUGGCGCAUCGUUACGAAUUCUACAUGCACCGUACAAUAAUUUGGAGAGCUUAACAACAACAGUACCCCCGAUAAACUUGGUCGAAAUAAAUUUAUCGCACAACAAACUUACUUUAUUACCACAAUGGCUCAGUGGCUGUUCAGAUUUGACAAAACUUUACGCAAGCAAUAACCAACUCUCGUCACUCCCUGAUCAUUUGUUCUGCAGCGAAUUAUCUAGUCUCAGCCAUUUGCACUUGGGUCACAAUAAAAUAUCAACUAUACCAUCAAUGCCGAGGCUAAGAUCACCUUUAAAAGAACUUAUCCUGAAUGAAAACUGUAUUCAAGCGCUUCCAGAAAACUUUUUCUCGGUUUGUGAUAGAUUAUGUGUUCUAAAUCUUUCCAACAAUAGAUUAAGUCGUCUACCCAGAAUAAGAGGUGUUUCUUCACAUUCCUUAGAACGACUAUAUUUAACAGCCAAUUGCUUAAACGAUGACUCGAUUGACGUCAUCAUAACUUUUAGAGAACUUAAAAUUCUGCACGUCGCUUAUAAUUGCCUUACGAGUUUGCCUGAAAGUUUUUGCAACUUUUGGCCACAUAUGGAAGAAUUCAUAGUGUCUGGAAACUCUUUGACGAAACUUCCAGAUAGUUUAGCUCAGCUCAAUAAUAUCAAAAUUGUUCGCGCGCAUUCAAACAGAUUACGAUCCAUACCAAUGUUUGCCUGCAGUGCUUCAGUGAAAGUAUUAGAUUUUGCACACAACGAAUUAGAUAGUAUUGAUCUACGUCUUUUAGCACCAAAGCAACUAAAAUUUUUAGACAUUUCAUGUAACAAAAAGUUACAAAUGAACCCAUCACAAUUCAUUGCAUAUAAAUCUCAACGCCCGCUGAGUUUGGUUGAUGUGACGGGGCAUAAUAAUCAAAGCUGGUCUCGAAAAAGUGGUUUUCAUGAGGAGUUUAAGGCGACUACUCCAUGGGCUUUAGGUUUUUCCGAAUGCCCUAAUAAGCAAUUGCAAUUAUCGUGCGCUCAAAUACGGUUACCAUCAUUUUGUAAUAAAGAGGGUUUAUUUGCGGUAAUUGAUGGUGAAAAUGAUACAGAAGUUGCAAAAAUAUUACAGACAAGCCUACCUGGGUUACUUUUGGAAGAAAAAGCUAUUAAAGAAACUGUCAAUGAAUACAUGAAGUAUGUUGUUUUAUCAGCUCACAGGGAAUUGAAAGAAAAAGGACAAAAAAAGGGUGCAAGUCUUAUUAUGUGCCAUUUAUCUCCAGUAGAAUCUUCAGAAAAUGCAUUCGGUAACAUAAACAAACGAUACAGUUUAAGGUUGGCAAAUGUAGGCGAUACUAAAGCAAUUUUAUGUCGGCGAAAUGGUCCUUUGUGCUUAGGUGCUGAGAACAACAAGCGUUUGGGCUAUUCCACGCGAUAUCCACAUCUCAUUCCAGAUCCUGACGUUGUCCAGACUAUAAUCAAAGAAGAUGACGAAUUCUUAAUUUUAGGUAAUGGAAGAUUUUGGAAUGCUAUCACUGUAGAUACUGCAGUAUCUGAAGUGCGAACUGAACGCAAUCCAGUUUUAGCAGCUAAGAGAUUACAAGAUUUAGCUCAAAGCUAUGGUGUUGAAGAUUGUAUAUCAGUUAUUGUUAUAAGAUUUGACAUUGCCAGGCCCGAUCUUGACAUGUUAAUGAAAGAAUUACGCCAAACAAUUAAUACAACAAAAUCGUGUCGUCCUGAUUGCUGUUGCUCUCGCUUAGAACCGUGCUGUCAUUCGAUUACUCCACCUAAAUCAAAUAGUGAUCGUUCUUCUCCAAGUGGCCAAAGUGAUAAACCUCUAAGUGAAAUAAUGAAUCCACAACAACAUUAUGCAAGUGUUCGCUCACAUGCUAAAGCAACAGACAGGAAACCUCGAGGAGGAGUUGCUAGAGCGAUCCGCGUGCGAGUGGAAGAAGAUAAGGAAGAGAAUAAAAAAAUAGAUGAACCAUCCUCCGAAGAACAAUUUAAGUGCUGGGAAUAUAUGUUAGAGCAAAAUACGCAAAUGAUAUUUGACAAAGAGCUAGAUAAUCUAUCAAAAGGAAUAAAGUCAGAGGCUGGAAGUUUGAAAAAUAUAAAAGGUUUAUCGGGAAGCAGUCCCCAGUUGCAAUUGGCUGGUAAACAGAGCAAGCUCCCAUUUCUGUCGAAACAUUUUGGCAGUGCACGAUCAUUUGGUGCAGCCCUAAAGCCAGAAUUUCGUUUUGGAUCAGGCCGAAUGCCAAACUGUGGGCCAAAUGCUGCAUACUUUGGUUCUCUUCAAAGGCUAAUGCCGUACCAUUUAGAGUAUGAUUUCGCAGUUAUCCAGGAAAAAUCGGCGCAGUCACAGGAAUCUCUUGAUCUGGAAGGUCGGAUGCAACAAUAUUGGGGCGUAGCGACGACAGAGUUAUAAAGAUUGUUAAUAUAUUGCUAAUCUAUUAGUAUAUGUAAUAUAGAUAUAUGUAAAUAAAACUUGCCUUAAUAA